AUGUACAAAUUUGUUCCCGACAGUGUUGGUGGCGUUGGAUCGAGACGCAAACUUUCUUACAAGACAUGCGACUCCUGCAAGAAGCGCCACAGACGAUGCCUCCAUAAUCGAGGACACCCCCAGGCUGAUAAUCAGGGUGACAAACCGCCAUCGGUCACUACACCCGACUCUAGGGUGCUCUCUACCCUUGUCGAAGCUGGUGGUGGUAACCAAGUGACAAAUACCGGCGACAAUUACUCUGUAUCCCAAAGAACCCCAAUAAUUACAGAAACUCGACUUCCUGACUCGUUUCGACUCAAUGAGCGACUGUUAGACAGCAGUGCUGCUCGAUUCGUUGGCAAUCUUAGCCCGGAGGCAUCUUUUUUUGCAACUGGAAAUCAAAUUUCGGAGAACGAUGGCCAACGUACCAAAGUUGGCGUGUGGCUUGUUGCUCGCCAAUCUGCAUCGGAGCAACAGCAGGAUGCGAUAGCCAAUAUCGACGAGCAGCACAGUCCUGUCUUUUUUCCAUUACCCAAUCCCUUCCACAUUCAGACAAUCUUCCCUCAUAUUCAAACGGAAGGAAUGUCUGUUCUCCCCCUGAACACGAGUUUAACCUCAUGUUCAACCUUUAUUACUCUAAGUUUGAUCCCAUAUUUCCCAUCAUCCACGAUGAAAACUUUGAUGUUCUUGAAGAUGUUGAAGCUUCAGCACUCAAGCAAUGCAUUUGUCUGA